CCAACCAAAUCAUUCGGAAUGGUUGUUAUUUUCAACAAGAAAUCCGUAAUGGAACAACUUCAUGAAUUGAAGUACAUAAAUCUCUACAUGAUAUUGUGAUUUGAUUAAUUGGAAAUUGAAAAAUGACAGGGAAAUUGAUGCCGGAUGCUUCAUUGAACCCAACAAGUUUGGUUGUGGGUGCCAUUGCAAGUGCUUUUGCUCUGUCUUCUGUUUUGUACAUUGCAUGGGACAUCUCUGGUGGACAUGUCAAUCCUGCUGUGACCUUUGCAAUGGCUGUGGGAGGACAUAUUAGUGUCCCAACUGCUCUCUUUUAUUGGGUUGCUCAACUUAUUGCCUCUGUUAUUGCCUGCCUUUUCCUCAAAGUCAUUGUUGUUGGCAUGCAUGUGCCAACAUAUUCAAUUGCAGAAGAAAUGACAGGAUUUGGAGCAUCAAUAUUAGAGGGUAUACUAACAUUUGUGUUAGUGUACACAAUUUACGCUGCAAGGGACACUAGGCGUGGUCAAGUAAGUUCAACCGGAACACUUGUAAUUGGUUUAAUUGCAGGAGCAAGUGUUUUAGCAGCAGGUCCAUUCUCUGGCGGGUCAAUCAACCCUGCAUGUGCUUUUGGAUCUGCUUCCAUUGCCGGAACAUUCAGAAAUCAAGCUGUCUAUUGGGUUGGUCCUUUGAUUGGUGCUGUUGUUGCUGGUCUUCUUUAUGACAAUGUGUUGUUCCCUUCUCAGAAUUCAGAUUGUAUUAGAGGGGUUUCAGAUGGAACAGUUAGGGUGUAGUAGUAAUCUUAUAAUUUGCUUAACUUGUGUUGUACUGCUUUAAUUUUUAUAAUUUGUGGGUAAAUAUUUUAGUUCUUCAGAGCUUUAUUGUAGUAGUA